AUGCUCGGUGUUUUGGAUACAGCGAAAGACUCCACCGUAGCAGGAACAUCCAACACCGUUUACGUUGGUGAGCGUCUAAAAGCCACUGUGCAAUGUUCCGAUGAAGCACUGCGGAAAUUUAAGUGCUCAGAAUGCCCGAAAGCAUUUAAAUUCAAGCAUCAUCUCAAGGAGCACAUCCGAAUUCACAGUGGUGAAAAGCCCUUCCAGUGCCCACAUUGUCAAAAGCGAUUUUCACAUUCGGGUUCGUAUUCAUCCCAUAUGAGUAGCAAGAAAUGUACAGCAGCUGCAACACAGGCUUCAUCAACAGCAUUUGAGUUCGGUGACCAAAUGGUACUUUACCGAGCACUUUUGUUGCAGUUCCAAACAGCACAUAAUUUUGCAUAUUCAAAUAUUGGACCUUAUACUGCCUUAUUGCAGCAGCAGUUUCUACAGGCAGCGAGUAGUACUGCUUCGUCAGCAUCGCCAUCGGCAUUGCCGACGAACUAUUGGGCACGUCAUUUGAGCAAUAGUAAUUGCACCGUAGAAGGAACAGAUUUUACAAACGCGUAUAAUAAAAUUGGUAUCGAGAAUGGUACACUCUUGAAGAGUUCAUGUGUUAAAAACGGAAAAACUGGCCAGGAUGAUGCUGCACACCAUGAUGAUCUGGAAAAGUCGCGUUCCUCUGGUGAGAGCGCCGAGCAGCGAGAAGCGCAAAGUAGAUCUGAUUUACCAAAUUCUUGUAUUGUUGGCACUGGUGCCACCUGGAAGCCCUUACGGUCUCGUUCAUUUCUUACCGAUGCUCAAGUCGCUAUUCUCCAUGCUCACUUCAAACGUAACCCAUUUCCAUCGAAGUAUGAACUUUCUGCUGUUGCCGAGCAAAUAGGAGUCAAUAAAAGAGUAGUGCAGGUAUGGUUUCAAAAUACUCGAGCGAAGGAACGGCGAAGUAAUCGAUUAAGUGUAGCCUGUGAACGAUACUCGCGUUCCAUGUGGAAUAAUGCUAUAUCAUUUCAAACUGCUGCUACAGCCGUAGCAGCUGCUCACGAUCCUUUAAGUUUGAUGGCUGCUUGGGCACAGCAGUGUACCGGUCUUGUGAACAACAGCCUAUCGGAUGAGCAGACAGCGAAAACUAAUUUAUUGUCAAGUGAAUCUCUGGAUGCUGCUCGUGAUAUACCACUCGAUUUAUCAGUUAAGGAUGAAACAGCUGUAGUAGCAGCAGUUCCGACUGAACAAACAUCUGUUUUUGGAGUUGAAGGAAAUGAAGGAAGACAGGACUUUAAUCAGGACGAUUGCUGGUCUGCUAGCAGUCUCAUUGAAGGAAGUGAGACGGUACGUGGGACGUUGCUGCAAGUUGCAAAGGGUCAUUCGGAGACUCCACCAACAGUACUUUCUUCGGUUUCUAGAUCUCAUUCAGAAGGUGAGUCAAAUUCAGAAGCUGGUUUGCUAGAUGAUAAUUCGACUGCUCCACUGUCAUCAAGUAUUUGGCCCAGCAGUGUGCUCAUGUCACAGUACUCAAUGUUGGGUAUUAAUGGUUUAACAGGUCUUCAGAAAGUUCUCGAGCAAAGUGAUGAUAAUGAUGACAAUGCGUCAGACAUUUCAUCGGGUGAGAAACGUCAUCGUUUAAAUUGGAAAUCACAUCGAACUGAUGAAGAUGGUCUCUAUGCAUGCGAUCAGUGCGAUAAAAUGUUCGGAAAGCAGAGUUCAUUGGCAAGGCACAAAUAUGAGCAUUCUGGACAGCGUCCCUACAAAUGUGACGUAUGCGAGAAGGCAUUCAAACACAAGCACCAUCUUACUGAGCAUAAAAGAUUGCAUUCGGGUGAAAAACCUUUCCAGUGUGACAAAUGUUUGAAGCGAUUUAGCCAUUCAGGCAGCUAUUCUCAGCAUAUGAAUCACCGUUAUUCAUAUUGCAAGCCUUAUAGAGACUAA